CGCCUAUCGUCUACGAUAGUCUCAAACUCACAAUCAAGCUUAAACGGGAAACGAAUCAUUCUAUUUCCAUAAAAAGCCAUGCUACCCCUUCAAGUUUCUUCUCCAAUUUCCGCGUCUACCACUUUGAAGCCAAGAAUAGUACGCGCGAGACUGUCUCACAAUCCAGACAACGCCUACCAGUCGAAGCUGAAGUCUUGCCAUCACGAGAGACAAGCAGACGAAGCAAGCGCACCAUUGCCGCCACCUCUAGAACUCUGAUUCUGAGCUACUACCACCGUUCCAACUAUUAAAGGGCAUUCCCCAUCAACACACUCCUCAAUUACAAUUCUUCCAACAAUACUGCAAUCAUGACGUCCAUGAUCGCAAAGUACAUCAGCAAGAAGGUGUUGGGAGAGACCAUGCAGAAUAACUUUGGCAAGGAGGACCCAUACUUCGAGACCGUUCCUGCGACCCGUUUAGAUGGCCGGCCAUCCAGCAAGAAGGGGAAGAAGAGACGCAAGGCCUUACCCGCCGGUAUCUCUGAACAUGAUGCCAAAAUUCUGACCAAGGUCAAACGGCGAGCAUAUCGUCUUGAUAUGAGUCUGUUCAAUUGCUGUGGAAUCAGGUUUGGCUGGUCCUCUGUCAUCGGUAUUAUUCCAGGUAUCGGUGAUGUUAUCGACGCAUUCAUGGCUAUGAUGGUUUUGAGAACGUGCCAGCAGGUCGAGGGCGGCCUCCCAAAUCCGGUCAGGGUGAAAAUGUUGUUCAAUAUUGUACUGGACUUUGGCAUUGGACUUGUUCCUUUCCUAGGAGAUAUUGCAGAUGCUUUAUUCCGCGCAAAUACCAGGAAUGCCGUCGAACUUGAGAAGUUUCUUCGCGCAAAGGGUGAACGAAACCUCAAGGCUCAGGGACAGCCUCUACCGCAGGUCGACCCUUCAGACCCCGACGAAUUUGAUCGCCAAAUGAGAGUAGAACAUGGACCACCACCGCAAUACACGACAGCACCUCCAACUAGACAAGGCACACAGCCUCCGAACAGACAAGGCACACAAACGCAGAACGACAGUGGACGGCCAGGACCUUCUCACCAGGAUGAUGUACCAGAACAGAGAAGCGGCGGCCUUUUCAGUGGUUUCGGAAGUAAGAAGAAGCAGCCCGACGUUGAACGUGGUGACGAAAUGAUGAGACGCCAAGAUGCACCUCUACCAAGCCUUCCAAAGAAUGAUACCCAACGGAACCCGUCCACGCUCCAGAAGAACCAAUAUUAAUGGCGCUGGAUUUGGAUUCAGUGGCAGCAUAUUUUGCUUGCAAAAUGGCGCGUUCCUUUCCAUAUGACGUUUCCGAGGCGUUUUCCAUAUUUGAGAUUCGAGUCCUGUAAAGAUUUGGAGUAGAUACCCAUAAUAAAGAUAAUUCUGAAUCGGAAUUUGAUCCACCAUAACUCUUUCCGCAGUGACUUGUCUAGGUCGCGGUGGAGAAAGGAAGCAGUACUAUGGUUUCUAUCUUCCAAGCUAGAUAUUUCAAAUGCUUCAACUCUGA